AUGAAAGGAAGAGGUUUUACACUUCAUGGUGAAUUUUACGAGGGAAGCUAAAAUACUAAAUCGUUUCGGAAACACCACUAAAAUCCAGGAACCAUACAAAUUCACGCAGAACUGUACAAGAAAAAUGAAAAAAGAAAACGAAUUCUGUUUCGAUACAAGUUACUGUUUCACGGAGUAUUUCCCAACGGAAAUAAAAAAGCAAAAAUACACAGAAUUUUACGAACGAGAGCUGAAAUAAUCGAACCGUUUCGAAAAUGUCAGUAAAAUCCAGAAGAGCCAAAUUCCACUUUACAAAUUCCUCGGCAUAUCUCAUCUUCAAGACAGCCUAAAUCUUAUUCCACGUUCCUCUUCGCGAGACGUGGCGCCUGCAGGCUUGCGAGCAAAGGCUUUGCGAGAAUGCCGCGAUGCCUAGAAAGAGAGAGAGAGAGAGAGAGAGAGAGAGAGAGGAGACUAAUUACAAAGACUCGGAGGAAGGAAACCGGAAACGCGGGCCACUUGCGCGUUUUUCGCCUGGAUCCAUCAGUCACGGGCCGUACUCUCGGCGACGUUAUUCUCGUGGAGGACGUGACCGGUUUCCCUGAGACUUUGCCACUUUGCGAGAAGCCGGAGAAUAAUGGUUUCGGCUCGAGGAAUCAGCACUGC